UGCGGUUAGACCGUCUCUACGUCGCACAGCAGCAGCAUGACACUAGAGCCUUCAGGAGGCGGAGCUGAACCACCUCGAUCCUGCUCACCACUCCAUCUUCGCCAUGGCUAUCUGUCGCUUCUUCCAGGCCGGGCGCUGCUUAAAUGGGGAGAGUUGUAGCUUCCAACAUUUUCCUAACACCCAGAAUCAGGCUACGAUUACAGCUUCACCUUUGGCUCUUAACGCAGCUGCGAAUUCGUUCAGGCCUUCUCAGGACGGUAAUGUGAACACCAGAUCGAAGCCUCCAUGUACCUUCUUCUUACAGGGAGCCUGCAAGAGAGGUGCCUUCUGCAAUUUUGAACACGCAGGGUUGCCUACAGUUGUAACACCCAAAACAGUCUCCAAGGAUGCUAGAUCCAAUAUCGUUUGCAUCUUCUUCCAAAAAAAUGCUUGCAACAAAGGGGAGGAAUGCUCGUUUAGCCACGAGAUUAAGUCAAAGGAAGUUCACGGAUACACUCCCUCCAAAGUUCCAACUAGCGAAGGUCUUGCUCCCUCUGUUUGGGCAAGCUCCCACCCUUUCACUAGCCGAAAGGAUGACAAAAGGACCAUUGGCGGGGCGACCGUGACUUUCGAAGACGGCGUCUCCGUUGCACAGCUCUCGAUGCCUACCGACUUCUCAGCCGUGUCCAUGUCCGACAUACCUCUCGAUACAUCUAUUCAGGAUAUCCUUGCUCUAAUGAACAAACAUGGCUUUCCAAGUCUAUCCCCAGAUUGUAUCCAUCUGAAGCGUAUUCCAACAAAUUCAUUACAGACUGCUCAGAUUAGAGUCGCAGACCCGGAUUUUGCCAGUAAUCUCCUCCAGCACUCUGGACCAGUGGUAUUUAUAGAUAAUGCCCCGGUGUUUCUCUCUAAGAUGCAAUUAGGAGGGCAGUCCGAAUCCGGCUCGAACAGACUCCAACUGACUGGUGUGAUAUGUACUUGGCAUAAUCCUUCUCUGGUCGCAUACCUCCAAUACGAGGGAGACAGGCAGGCCACGUUGGCAUUAAACAAUUUCGGGAAGAAUAGUUCAAAACAGCUCGAUGGACGGAAACUGGAGAUCACCUACCAUCCAGGCAGUUCUCUCCAUGUUAGAAAUCUGAACCCCAGCACAACGAAAACAAACCUUAGGAAAUUUCUUCGCUUUCCCUACCCCCAGGACAUUUCCUUGGGCUCUCGAUCUCACAAUCUCACUGCGAAGCAAUUAGAGGAUACAGUCAAGACGUCCCUUGAAUCUCAUGGUACCCUUAUCGAAUGGGUCGUGAACGCACAAGCCGGUGCAGGUCGCGUGAAAGCCAUCGCAAAGUUUACGGAGGCUGAAGCGGCCCGUAAUGCGGUCAAGAAGCUGAACGACACUCUGAUUGAUCCAACCUCGAAUGAUAAGUUGCGAGUUACACAUCUGAUUUCGAUCAAGCUAUCCGUAUCGUACCGUACCCUCACCGCCGUCAGACCUCAACUCGAUGCUCUUGGCGAACAAUCAUGGAAGUCGGACUACGUCACUAUUAAGACGUAUGAGCCCCUCGGCAAGCAAUACACCCAGGUUCGCAUCUUUGGCCAGAGCAAGGAGGCCGUAGCUCGUGUCAAAUCAGUCGUAGAGAAACUUCUUGCAGGACAUGUCGCGGUGGACAAUGGUAAACCGAUCGCGGAUUCUUUCUUCUUUAAACACUCUUCUGCUGCAUUUAUCGAGGAUUUAAUGAGUACACAUGGUGUCUUCAUCAGCCAGGAUCCCCGCAAAAUCGUCCUCCGUCUCUAUGGAGCCCCUCUAAAUGUUGAACUCGCCCAAAACGCUUUGGCAGAGAAAGCUACGGAGUUAAAGGAACAGUCUCAUAUCAUUAUACUUGAUCCAAAGACGUUGAAUUUUGCCCUCAAAGGCGGAUUUCGGCACAUUGUAGCAGUUCUGGGUAAGGAAAAGGUUAAGAUGGACAUCGUUAGCAACCCAAAGCAGAUCAUAGUCCAAGGAUCCGAAAAGCAUCUCGCACAGGUACAAGAUAUUCUUCAAUCCCAGGCAUCCCUACCUCUUGAGGCAAGAGUCGCCACCCUAUCUUUCGUCGAGGGUGAAGACGAAGAAGUCUGUCCUGUCUGCUGGACUCCACCGGACGAACCCUUCAAAACACACUGCGGCCACAUCUAUUGCAGCUCAUGCCUCGCAUCGCAAUGCAGUUCCACGGAUGCUUUCCCACUCCAUUGUCUUGGCGCAUCUGCAACGUGCAAGACGCCCUUAAGUCUCCCAGAACUGAAGGAGGUUUUGCCAGCAUGCGACUACGAAACCCUCCUCCAAACUGCAUUGACCCUUUACAUCCGGAGCCGACCAACCGAAUUCCAGUACUGUCCCACUCCCGACUGCGACCGCUUCUACAGAGCUUCGCCCACCACGGAUCCGCGCGUCUUCGACUGCGACGGCUGUCUCAACUCGAUAUGCACAGGCUGUCAUCAAGACACCCACGAUGGCCUCACAUGCGAUGUUUAUAAAGCGUUAGCUAAAGCUGCUCAUGACGGCGAAGAAGAAUUAGAGAAGUGGAAGAAAGAAAAUGAUGUCCGAAAUUGCCCUAAGUGCAGUGUCGCAAUUGAGAAAGCGUCUGGUUGCAAUCAUAUGGAAUGUAUGGCGUGUGGUACUCACAUUUGCUGGUUUUGUAUGAAGACUUUUCGUCGUGGUUCUGAAACCUACGACCAUAUGAGCAAAAAUCAUGAGAGCUGGAAUAUUUUGAGAAUGUAAGUCUUAAACAGGAUGUUAGGAGCUGUCUUGUGGAAUGGUUAUUCUGGGAAAUAAUCUACUUGCUUAACAACAUGUAUGACUUCAUUUCUU